CAGCAGCCGCAUGCGCAGUAAAGUAGCGGCGAAUUUGACUGGUGUGGAACUCGGUCUGUACGUUUUCGAACAUCCCUCGCUGCUGAUAUAUCUUACAUAUUAUUUUUAUAUGAUUAGUCCGACUACAUUCUCCGCUUACAGUUUUCAGUGUCUUUAAGGGACCUUUUGUAGGUGGUGAGUGCUGUCUUAUAGUCUGCGUUUACUUCUGCAAGCACAUGAACAAGAGGCCGGCGGAUCCACGGUCUGUAGUAUUUGCGGUGCCCGACGGGCGAAGCGUCCGUUUCGUGCAGUGAGCCUCCAGUUUCAGCGCUCAUCUCUUAGUAUAAAGAGCGGGAUGGAGGCACCCCCGGUCACUGUCAUGCCCGUCACCGGCGGGACCAUCAACAUGAUGGAGUACCUCCUGCAAGGAAGUGUCCUGGAUCAAGCUCUAGACAGCUUACUGCACCGUCUGCGUGGACUCUGUGACAACAUAGAGCCUGAGAGCUUUGCCGACUAUGAGUUGGUGUACCUGCUCAAGGGCCAGCAGGGCAACCCUUUCCUGUUGCGCGCCCGUCGGUCCAUGAUGCACCCCACUGCGCCCUGGCACCUACGCUACCUGGGCCAACCCGAGGUGGGUGACAAAAGCCGGCACGCACUGGUGCGCAACUGCGUGGACGUGGCCACCUCACACAGCUUGCCCGAGUUCCUCAACGAAAUGGGAUUCCGCCUCGAUCACGAGUUUGUCGCCAAGGGCCACAUCUUCCGGAAGGGGGCGCUCAAAGUGGUGGUGAGCAAGCUGUUCCGUGUGCUGGUGCCGGGGAACACGGAGAACACGGAGCCACUGUCACUGUCCUACCUGGCGGAGCUGAGUGUGCUGGCGCCCGCUGGCCAGGACAACGUGUCGGAGGAGAUGCGCAACUUUGCUGAGCAGCUCAAGCCCUUGGUACAUCUGGAGAAGAUCGACCCCAAGAGGCACAUGUAAUAGGGGCUGACCCAGAGGACUUCACAAAAUAAGAUUGUUUCUACGGGUGGACACUGUGACCCAAACUGUGCCGAUUAAAUAGCACCCGCAAAAGCAGGUGUAGCGCGACUGUUAGCCGUGUGCUGUUAGCCGUGUGCUGUUAGCCGUGUGCUGUUAGCCGUGUGCUGAAGUGAUUGGCAUGAUUGUCUUUGGAUUCUGUUCUUGAGGUUUCAUCCUUAGUGCUGAGGUUUGACCCUCUUUUUCCCUUUUGACUCUUGACUCUUGUUCUGGAAACAUCAACAUUUCUAUUAAAAUGCUUUCAUACUGCACCCUUGUGGUGUGAGGAGCAAUAACAUGUUA